GCUUGGCAGGUUAUAAGCAAGGCUGGAACCACAGGCUGUCUAAUUCUGCAGAAAAAGGAAACUCAACACAUCCACCUCUCCUUGCAACUUUUAGUAUUAAGUGCUGAUCUUUCUUCCAGCAUGUUAAAGGAUUCCAUGUAAACAUGAAACUCCAGAGCUGGGCUCGUUGCUCCCCAUAACUACAACCCCUCGAAAUACAACACUAACUGCCUUUGGAACAUUAGUGGGUUUGGGCCUAAGUCUUACGUGAAGACACAGUCCAGCAAGCUGGUAAGGCCAGUUUGGGCAAACAAGGAAGGAACAGAGUACUUUGGAUUCAAAGCAUGCAGGUAUUGUCCAACCACUACCCAGGGCUACCAGAGAAACGCCAGCCAGCAGCCCCCUUCCAGCAGGCAGCACACCCACCCAGCAGCACCUUCUCCAGGGCUCCUUCCCCUCCUCAGAAGCCCUCGAACCGGACCAGGCCCUGCCGAGCUCACAGAGGGGCCCCUCCUGUGCCAGGGCCACAGCACCCACUGCCAGUGCCAACACACAUCCUACCACCGGCCUCAGGGUUCACUCCAUCCUCUAGUGAACCUCGGAAGACAGAGGGAGUCCAGUCUGAAAAAACAGCUUUAUCAUAAAAAUACAACUCAGUUUGCUGAUAAAACCUGAAAAGGAGAAUGCUUCCCCUACAAUCUUCGUGGACAAGUUCUGCAAGCAAGAAGAGCUGUGAUGAGUUAGUAUUAUUAUUAUUUAAAUUCUGGUAACAUUUCAUCAAGUGUAGAAAGAAUAUUUCAGAAAAAAAAAGACACAGAAAUUUCUUACUACCUAAAGGGUGGUUUCUGACUUCUCCUCUGCAAGACAAAGUCAUCCUAGGAGGAACUGCACGAGUCCACGAGAAAUGCACCACAGCCACAGGUUUAUCAGCACGUGCACCCAGCCCUAAGUACCUCACUGAGAACAACCUUUGACAGACAAUAACAGAGACCAGUUUACCACGGCCAACGCACCUUGAUCUGAGUUAUUCAUUUACAAGCUGCAUCUGUGAUCACAGGCAGGGUCAGUGACAGAAACACUGGCUCAGGCUGUGUCACAGCUGGAGUCACUCCACUCCUGAGACAGACACAACAAUAUCCUCUACUGAUCUAUCAAAGUUCAACGGUAAAUGCGACAGUGAUUUAACAAGACUCGACAGCAAGGUAGGCUAUGGAUUCCUGGAAGGAAGCCAUAAGCCACAGCUGGAUUUAUCCCACGGUGAUCAUCUGUGCAAAUGGAUUUUUCACCGCAAUGAAGCCAUCAGAUUCUUUUGUCACCCCUUAUCUAACGGGGCCAGACAAAAACCUAACGAUUGAAGAGGUUACCAACCAGAUUUUGCCCGUUUGGACAUACUCUUACCUCGCCCUCCUGUUCCCAGUCUUCCUGCUCACAGACUACCUGCGCUACAAGCCCGUCCUCCUCCUCCAGGGCAUCACCCUCAUCGUCACCUGGCUCCUGCUCCUCUUCACACGCGGAGUGCUGGCCAUGCAGGUGGUGGAAUUCUUCUACGGGCUGGUGACGGCCACUGAGGUGGCCUAUUACGCCUACAUCUACAGCGUGGUCAGCACCGACCGCUACCAGAGGGUGACGAGCUACUGCAGGAGCAGCCCUCUGGUGGCAGCCACUGUUGCCGCCGUGCUGGGACAGCUGCUGGUGUCCUUGGCAGAUGUGUCCUACUUCCACCUCAACACCAUUUCUUUGGCUUCCGUGUCCCUGGCCUUCCUGUGUGCGUUUUUCCUCCCCAUGCCCCAGAAGAGCAUGUUCUUCCACAGGAAAGAUGCCUCCCAGUCUCUCCCAGGGCCUGACAUAGUUGAGGCUCUGGCUGGUUCUGACCGUCCCUCGAGCUGCCAAGAGGACACGAGCCCCGACUCCGCUGGCAGGGGCCCAACACCCCAACAGCAGGCUGGGAAUGCCAAGCCCCGGAAUCACAUGCUCAGAGUGCUGGUGCAGCUGAGCAAGGACCUGAGGGAUUGCUACAGCUCCAGGAAACUUCUCUACUGGUCCCUGUGGUGGGCUCUGGCUACAGCCGGCUUUUAUCAGGUCGUGAAUUAUAUCCAAGUGCUGUGGGACUUCCGAGCCCCCUCUCACAGCUCUGCAGUGUACAAUGGAGCUGUCGAAGCACUAGCAACUUUUUUAGGUUCAGUAACAUCCAUGGCAGUUGGAUACGUCAAAGUGAACUGGGAUCUCUCUGGAGAAUUGACCUUGGGAAUUUUCUCUGCAAUGGAUGCUGGUUCUCUGUUUCUCAUGUACUUCACUGGGAACAUCUGGGCAUGUUAUGCUGGUUACAUUGCAUUUAAGGCUUGCUAUAUGCUCCUUAUAACAAUAGCCACGUUUCAGAUUGCUGUCAACCUGAGCAUGGAGCGUUAUGCUUUGAUGUUUGGCUUCAACAACUUUGUUGCACUGGUGAUUCAAACAAUUUUAACUAUUAUUGUAGUAGAUUCAAGAGGUCUGGGACUGGAUAUCAGAACUCAGUUUCUCAUUUAUGGCAGCUACUUUGCAGUCAUAGCUGGAAUUUUCCUCAUCAGAAGCACAUACACCAUUAUCUCCAUCAAACGCGGCAAUACCAGCGCGGCUGGUGAAAGCACUGGUCAUUAACAACAGAGACAAGAACGGUCACAAGCAACAGUGCAAAAGACUCCAUCACCUGAACAACAAUAUAUCAUGUUCCAUCAAGCAAAACUGGUGCAGGCUGAAGCAGGCUGUUAACAAGCCUACAGCACAGACAGCUUUGUCAGCAGCAAUGCAUUUUGCCUGUUUUCUUCACCAGUAGUUUAAUUCAAAGUUAGUGAUCGACACCCGAACUUUGAUUAAUGCUCUGAAAGAACAAGUACAGGCAGGUGCCUGAACUUCACACCAGAAGAACUUACAGAACCUCUGAAAUGUCACUUCUACUGAGCAUUUCAAUUAAAGGCAAUUUAGACCUCCGGACAUUCCUAGGGAAUAUAAAACAACAGUUGCCCCUGGCAGCAAGAUAUCUGUUGGAAAGAUUGCCACAAAGGAAACUUAACACUUUUUCAACUGGAAGUUGUGAUAUAGAUUUUUGAAACAAGUUAACAAAUAGCAAUAAACAAUUUUUUUCCCCCGAAAGACGCUACUCAAAUGUUGGAUUACUACCAUGUGAUUUAGUAUAGCAAUUCUGUCACUUUCCCAAUGGUCAAAUGCAGGCAUUUCAGAUUCCACACAGACAAUGCACCCCUCAAAAAUGUGAAGUGACAGCACUGUAAGGAAAAACAUGUCAUUAUAUACAGAUCAACUACUACUGAUGCAAUGACAGCUUUACCGUGAGUUUGUUGAAGGAGCAUGAACACAACACCCUGACCUUCCCUUUGAGUGUCUGCCUUGAUAAGCAUUUGCAAUAAUUAUAUCCAACAACUGCCAUGACCCACACACACUUAUCUUUGGAAGCAAAGAGCCUCCUAAACUAACUUAUUUUUAAACCACAGGGAGACACUUCAGUUGCUAUACAGAACAGUCUUAAAUAACAUGACUUAAAGUUUAAAUAUAACUAAAGCUAAUUAGGGAAUGUUCUUCCAACUGUCCACUUUCUAGUCAACUGUAUCAGACAGCAGUAAAUUCCACUGUAUUCCUUUACCACAACUUAGAGAUUCGUCAAGACUCAGAAUUAACCAACCCACUUCAUCUCACAAAAAAAAGUAAAAAUCAUCAAUUCCUUUCAGAACAGUUUUGAAACGCUACUUGAGCUCAUUUUCACGUCCCAGUAAGUUUUCCCUUCAAGAGGGCAGAAUACUUGCAUCAUAUAGCUUUCUUUCAGGAAUUCCAACUAAAUUUGGUGCUUUCCAAAUUAAUUUUUUGCUUCAGCAUUUGUUUCAACAUGGUAUUUGGAUGUUUGCAGCCAUUAAAUACCUUUCAACUGCAGUACCUGGACAUCACAUCUGCCUUUCAGAACAAGAUGCAUCCACUCCUACAACUGUAGCCUCUUCUUACACACAUAACAGCUGACAUUUUAGGACUGAAGUACUAAUCUAGGAGGUCUCCAUAUUUCUGUAUAAGAGGGCUGAAGUUACCAAGUGAAGUUCUUUGAUGCUAAAGCAUGAAUACAGCUUUUUGGCAACUAUGCAUGAGCAAUGGUGUGAACAACUGCAGAGACUUCCAAGAUAAAUUUAUAAUCACAGGUGAAGAAUUCAUUUAGUAAAUAUGGCUAUUUUUAAAACCUAAUCAACAAAACAGCUACAGUGGCAGUUUCUGCUCAACCUACAGAAGACUCAAAACAACACAUGAUCUUCAGCUGCUUGUCUGGAGUUUGGAAAAUGCAAAAUUAGUGAACAUAGACUAAACAGAUGUGGUUGUGUAUAGUGGAGGUUGCCAAUCUUUUAUCUGCAUUUAACCUAGUUAUGAAAACUAAGGUAUUCCACUACUUCUGCAGCACAUUCUAGAACUACAUGCCUUGCAUACUUAAAUCAAUUUUGGUAUCACCAAGAAUCAGCUUCAUUUGGAUAAGGACAAUUUCAAUAGAUGUUGAUCUCAUCAGCCCUUGCCCAAAGCCUCAUUUAUACCAAUCAAGGUGAAGCAGGCACAGGAUUGUUCCCCUUUCACAACACUGUCUGUCUCCUUUUCAGGACAUUUGGUUGAUUUGAAGACAAAAGCAUUACCUUAAAUAAUUUUACAAUCAGAGGUCAAGCCUUUCAAAUGUCCUAGAAAUAAACAGAUCUAACAUUCAGGCAGUAAAUUAAAAGUGGAGUGUCUUACCUUCAAGAAUUGUCAUGGUUAUCUCAAAUGGGCUUAUAUACCCUUUUUCAAAAAAAGUAAAAAUAAAAAUCAACCUCACCUUAUUUAUUCCUGUUAUCCUGAAAGCUGUAAAAUUUUUUCUCCAGCUGGUCCAAAACCUUUAAGCUUGCAGUUUAUGUAUUCAUGAUAUAUUUAUAUUAUUUGCUGAGUUCCAGUAUUACACUUUAAGUUAAGCCAAAUUAUUUCUGUGUUUAAAACACCAUCACCAACUACUCUGAUACAAUUACAUUUUCUCAAACCUUAUUACUAUUACAGACUAGACAAGUCAGACAUUUUUACCCCCUCUACAAAUUCCAUUCUAGUAAGGCAGGAAACAUUCCUGUAAAUUUAAAAAUGACAAAUUUAAUAUUCCAGAGGAGCUUUUACUAAUAUAUAUCAGUUUUUAAUAAAAAGUGCUAUUACAUCUGUGGUACCUUGUCCUGCUGUCACACAUUCUGUUCUCAUCACAACUAGUUACCCUUAAUCAGGUGUCUUUUGCAGCAAACCCUUUCUUGAGUGACUACCCUCUGCAUUCCUUCAGUGUCCUUCACUACAGAUAUUCUAUCCAAAUAACCCAAGCUCAUCUAACACUCUCCUGUUUGAUAGGUCACUUCACUUGAGCUAGAACAGCAAACUCCAUUGCAGGAUACAAAGAAACAUUUCCAAGUGAGGCAUGUAAAAAUUUUAAGCUUAACUCAUUCUCUGGAUACCUCAUCUGUGUACAAGACUUGCAGGAUGCACAUUUUCAUCCAAUAAAUGUU